CGCGCCUGCGCAGAGCCGCGCGCCGGGGCGUUGCUGGGAAACCUUCGGCUGACGGCCGCGGCGGGCCACCGGCGAGAUGACAGCGGCGGCGGCGGCGGCGACGCUGUCGCGGCUCGCGGCCGCCUUCCUCCUGCUGACGCCCCAGGUGAUGGCCGAGUACGGCAUGGUGCACGUGGUCUCCGAGCACGGCGGCCCCAAGGGCAAGGACUACUGUGUGCUCUACAACCCGCAGUGGGCACACCUACCCCUGGAUCUAGCCAAAGCCUCUUUCCUGCCGCUCAAGGACUGGUCGUCCUCCCUGCUCUGCUCCGCGGCCGACCUCCCUUCACAAGGCUUCAGCAACCAGAUCCCGCUGGUGGCGCGCGGCAACUGCACCUUCUACGAGAAAGUGCGGCUGGCUCAGGGCAGCGGGGCGCGGGGGCUGCUCAUCGUCAGCAAAGAGGCGCUGGUUCCGCCCGGAGGGAACAAGUCCCAGUACGACGAGAUUGGCAUCCCAGUGGCCCUGCUUAGCCACAAGGACAAACUGGACAUUUUCAAGAGCUUUGGGCCAGCGGUGCGGGCGGCACUCUACGCGCCCAGUGAGCCCAUGCUGGACUACAACAUGAUCAUCAUCUUCGUCAUGGCCGUGGGCACUGUAGCCCUUGGUGGCUACUGGGCAGGGAGCCGCGACGUGAGGAAGCGGUACUUGAAGCAUAAGCGGGAUGAAGGGCCAGAGAAGCAGGAGGACGAGACGGUGGACGUGACGCCUGUCAUGAUCUGUGUGUUCGUGGUCAUGUGCUGUGGCAUGCUGGUGCUGCUGUACUACUUCUACGACCAACUGGUCUACGUCAUCAUCGGCACCUUCUGCCUGGCUUCCUCCACUGGUCUCUACAGCUGCCUGGCGCCCCUUGUCCAGCGGCUGCCCUUCUGCAAGUGCCGGGUCCCCAGCAACGGGCUGCCCUACUUCCAUAAGCGCCCGCAGGUGCGGCUGCUGCUGCUGGCCGUGCUCUGUGUGGCCGUGAGCGUGCUGUGGGCCGUCUUCCGGAACGAGGACCAGUGGGCCUGGAUCCUGCAGGAUGCGCUGGGCAUCACCUUCUGCCUGUACAUGCUGAAGACCAUCCGCCUCCCCACAUUCAAGGCCUGCACGCUGCUGCUGCUGGUGCUGUUCUUCUACGACGUCUUCUUCGUGUUCAUCACGCCCUUCCUGACCAAGAGCGGGAACAGCAUCAUGGUGGAGGUGGCCACUGGGCCAGCGGACUCCGCCACGCACGAGAAGCUCCCCAUGGUCCUGAAGGUGCCCCGACUCAACACCUCCCCCCUGGCACUCUGUGACCGGCCCUUCUCCCUCUUGGGCUUCGGGGACAUCCUCGUCCCAGGGCUGCUGGUCGCCUACUGCCACAGGUUUGAUAUCCAGGUUCAGUCCUCCCGGCUCUACUUCGUGGCCUGCACUGUAGCCUACGGCAUCGGCCUCCUGGUGACCUUCAUGGCCCUGGCCCUCAUGCAGCGCGGCCAGCCCGCCCUUCUCUACCUGGUGCCUUGCACGCUCCUCACCAGCUGCGGCCUGGCGCUGUGGCGCCGGGAGCUGAGGAUGUUCUGGACGGGCGGUGGCUUUGCGAAGGACCUACCUCAGUCUACCUGGGCGCCGGGUCCCCCCGAGGGCUCCCAGCCAGCCACAGACUCAGAGGGGCCAGCGGCCCAGCAGCCUGCCGCAGAGGAGCCAGCCGGGCCGCCCUCAGAACCAAGCCGGCCCCAGGAACCUGAGCAGCCCGUGGCCAGUGUCCCUGGCCAUCAGCCCCCCACACCCACAGACCAGCCCGGCACCUCGGCUUAGGAAGGGGGCGGCCCGGACUGCAGGGCCCGCCCGCACCUGCGAGAGAUGAGGGGCUCAACGCUGGAGCUGCCUGGGCCCCGCAACUUGGUGCUCGCUCUGAUGGACGCUCGGCCCGUCCUCACCUGCUGGCCAGUCCCCUCCUGCUCCGGACUCCUCCGGCCAGCCCUGCCCUGCCUGACGCCGCCCA